AUGACUUCAAACUCGUCUGUUGCGGGGUCGGGCCGUGCUUAUUCGUCAGACAUGGAAGAAGCGACUUUUCUGAAACGCAAUCGUGCCAUUCACUUCUCGAGAAUUGCUCUUUCAUUCCUGAAUUUUUCCAUUGCAAUCGCCGUCGUUGCAUGCGAGGCUCCACCACUGCGGCACUACAAGGACACGUCCCAAUGGGCCCCUGCUGGGCUUGCCCUAUGGCCUUUGAACUUCGACCUCCGCCCAACCAUAGCGGCUAUUUCUUGUGGAAGUAUCAUUACCGUGUUGAAUCUGGUGUAUAUCGCUGCUGCUCUCAUGCCAUCCGUAAGCAUGAACUUCCGUAUUUUGUCUGUGACAUACCUAAUCCUGACCCAGCCCCACCCCCGUAUCAAGCAACUUAAUAUCUACGCCUCGGUCUCGGCCCUCGCAGGCUUCGUGACUGCGCUGGUAGCCGUGUUAUUUAUGAUCUACCGUCCCUCCUCAAACCACCCAGCGGGGUUCAACACCAAUGAGACACUCCACAGCUGGACCUGCAAGUGGAAAGCAGGUACAAACGGAACUGCUAUUCCUCGUCACUUCGAUCGCGACUGUAUGAAUACUCGUGCUGGCUUCAUCUUGAUUUGCAUCUUGAUUGGAAUGGAGAUGUUGAUGGGAAUCUUUGCUGCUGUUGGGACAUGGUUCCAGCGCGAUGUUUCGCGUCGUCGGGAGCAACAGUUCCAGUUGGAAAAGCUUGAGAUUGCUUCCAAACAUGCUUAUCACCAGUGA